AGUCAGACACAAUCACGAUACACGACAGAGUUAAACAAAGUGUGAGUUUAGAGAAAUGAUCAUGUUGUGUAGAGAACAAAGUAAACAUGUUAAAGCUGCUUUGUUUAGUGAUGUGUAAACUGUUCAGAGAGGCUGAAAUGGAGCUGCUCGUCCUCCUGAUCUUCUUCCAUCUGAUUCUGGACAUUAACUCUCAAAAUCUUCCUCAGCCCCAGCUCUCUGUGUCUCCUGAAGUUAUCACACAGAGAGGAUCAGUGCAGCUUCACUGUCAUGUUCCAGACCAUGUUAAAGUGUAUCAAUGUUCUUUCUACCCAGAGACACAAAACACAAAUGUAGAAAACUCUCCAUCGUGUCAGCUCUCAGUCACUGGUUCUGAACUGAUCAGAUGGACAGGACACAGAUCUCCUAAAGCACUUCGUAUUAUUUGUUUCUACGCUCUGGAUAAAACAGUUCGUACUCCUUCUCCUCACUCUCUCCCAGCUCCAGUCACAGUGCUGUAUCAGAAACCGAUACUAAGUGUCAAUUAUGAUAAUCAGACUGAUGAAUUCAGACUUUCAUGUGAAAUACCAGAGUCAGAGUCAGUAACUGCUGAUGUUAGCUGUUAUCUCUACACUGGAGAAAAUCCUCAGCCUUAUCGAAAGAUCCGAAGGUCUAAAACGAGAAAAUCUGGGAGGUUUUCUUGUAUUUUUGAAGUACAGAGAAAUGAUAUGUUUAAUGUUCUACAGCCAGUAAAGAGCAGUGAAGUGAGCUGUGAUUAUUCACUGAGCUCUGACUCGACUGCUCGCUCUCUAAUGAGUGAUAAAUACAAUCUGAUACCUUUUUUCCCUACACCGACACAGACGUCUACCACUGUAACAUCUACUGCAGGUUUAUUUUCUACACUGACACAGACGUCUACAACUGAAACGUCUACAGGUUUAUUUCCCUCACCGAAACAGACGUCUACAACUGAAACAUCUGCAGGUUCAUUUCCUACAAUAACACAGACGUCUACAACUGAAACCUUCACUACAGCUUCUCCAGCUUCUACAACUGAUCUGAUUAACACAACGCACAUAACCACUCAUUUGUCUUCUGAAGUCCCAUCAACGUCAUCCACAACUAAUGAGAAAACUCAUUCACCUCCUGAGACAUCUACCACAGAUUUGUCUUCUGAAGUCCCAUCAACGUCAUCCACAACUAAAGAGAAAUCUCAUUCACCUCCUGAGACGUCUACCACAGUUUUUUAUGGAAACCCUACAAACAACCUGAAAUCUAGGUCAUUUUUUGUCCUGAUUCUGUCAGUCCACGCUGUCUCUGUGUCACUGGCUGCACUGAUGAGCUUCGGUCUCUGCUGGUUUAUCAAGAAGCAGAAAGCUGAGAGCAGACGUAAAUUGGACGUGACCCGUGGUGAUCAGGGACCCAUGCUGCCCAUGAUCAAUCUGAGCUCCUCCGGUGCAGAUGCUGACGAGUCUUAUGCAGUGAUCACCUCGGUGCCCUUACCGGCCCUGCCUUUAGACCCCAGUGGAGACGUGAAGAAAGAUUCAAAGAAACCAGAAGAUGAUGUGUAUCACGUUUAUUCUUCCAUCAUCGACACUCCAGGGGUCUCCUCAGACAGAGAGGUGUCGUUGUACAGCCUGCUGCAGAGCCACUGACCCACAGUACAGCUUACACAACACCAAGGAUUUAUUGUUCCUUCAGCUUUUGUACAAUGCUUGCCUUUAUUUAAUGCUUUGCUUGGAAAUUUUAAAUAAAUUGACUUGAAACUGG